ACCAUGACCAGGAUAAACCUAGUUUUAUUUUUAUCUUCUUUAGCCGUAUGUACCUAUUCACAGACCAUGACAAAAACAAUAAUCGAUUUUUGCUCUCCGUCCGAACCGAAUUCGUGUGGUCCCGGCGGAAAGUGCAUGGAAUUGUCACUAGGAAAUCGGUGUGAAUGCCCAUUUGGACUUAUGGGUAGAAGAUGUCAAAGACCAUGCCAAGAUGUCUACAAAAGUUGUGCUCGGUGGAAGUCAGAAGAACGCUGUCACUGGACGCGGCCGAUUUCUCCAUUUUUCGCUGACAACUGUGCUUUGUCCUGCGGCCAAUGCAAAAAUAACGGAAAGCAGCUGGCGCUCGCUCUUCCACCAAUUCUCGACAACAUUGAGUGGUUUGUGGGCAGAUGGGAGUCAAAGACAAGUGCUCAUCAUAGAUUUCCGGAGCCAAUGUCCGGACCUUACAAGGAAAUCUUGGACGUUCAAAUUUCGGAAGUUCCCUCUUUUGACAGACCGCCGGUUAAUAUUUCAGUGCGAGCCGAGACGCUUGAUGGGACCGAUGUCCACGUGGAAUUCGGAUUUUUGACGUCUAAACCUUUCCACGAGGAUACGGGUUUUGUGGAGUUGAACAAACCGGACGAAGGGGACGAUUUGGUGUCGAUUGAGCUUGUGACUAAUACAGGUCUAAUGCUCAUCGAGGAAGGAACUGUGCGCGGUACCCAAAUCCGAUUGGAAACCAAAUAUAAGAAGGGAAUGGCUGGAGUGUUCCGAGACGAAAUUGUCAAGUCAAAGAGAAUGUUCAAUUUGAUAAAUGCCAACUCUUUGGAAGAACGGGUUGUGAUGGUUGAUGGCCGUGGAGUUACAACCAAAUGGUUGAAAAGGUACAAAAAAGUGUUCAACUACAUGACGGAUCUUAUCCCGACACCCGUUGAGAAAAAGCGAAAGUCCCUGUAAACUCACCAACUCAAAGCUGCCCGACAGACUGAUGGUGUUCUUGACGGCGUCCUGAAAUGAUUUAUUGAAACGGGUCUAUUUUAUUAUUGAUUUUUUGUUGUUGUAGAAAUUCGAAAUAAAAACUUACCAGCUUAA